CCGCCAGCAGCAGAUGACUGUCUCCGUGUCUCUGCGCUUUCACAUCAACAGGGUUAAAUGUGUGUUUUCGCUGUUGUGAAACUUUUCGUUCGACACAACUAGAGAACAGUUAUUUUUUCUUAAAUUAGAGAAGCUCCGUCUGGAUUAUUUCAUGGCUCGACUUUGAAAAACAAAAAACAAAUCCAGUGUCGGAUCCGAGAGAGGCCAGAUUUAUGCUGAUCACAGAGACUGGGACACCCAAUACAUGCUCCUCGAGACCUUUUCCCACACAGAUUUAAGCACAGCUGUCCAAAAACUGCAAUGUCAUCAAAAAUGCAGAGCUCCAGCAGCAUCGCUCAGGCCAGGCGGACAGUGCAGCAGCUGAGGAUAGAGGCCAGCAUCGAGAGGAUAAAGGUGUCCAAGGCUUCAUCGGACCUAAUGCGUUACUGUGGAGAACAUGCCAAGAAUGACCCGCUGCUCAUGGGCAUCCCCGCUUCAGAAAACCCUUUCAAGGACAAGAAGCCUUGCACUGUUUUGUAGGGGAACACCUGAAUUCUUGCUGCUUUUCAUUUUGAUGCUUAUGAGGGGAAAAAAAGCUGAUAGUAAUACUGUUCACAACCUGCCUUAAGGCCAGUGCACCCCCAUACUUUUUCCACAUGCCUGCUGCAGUUUGAUAAGGAAUAUAUUUCUCUCUGCCUUUCAGCCAGAUCACAGUUACACCAAAGAACAGGCACAAAUCUGAAGCUCUGGCCUCGGCUCAAAGGUUUAGCUCAAGCAAGUUUGAUCAAAAGUUCGUACGGAGGCUCAGUGGCAACUUUUUUUUUUUUUCUCUGUGUAGUGCUUUCUUACAAGAUCUAGAAAGCCACAGACCUCAGCCUGAAAGGAACUGUGCCAUUGAGGGAGAGUUCCUGACUCUCUAAUUAUCACAGCAGGCAUAAACAAGCCCCCUCAAUGAUUGGUCCAAUCAGAUCUAGGCUUUCAGCUUUCACCUCUUACUUUCAUCAGGCUUGCUUCAGGAAAUGGUUGUUGUAGUUUGUGUGCUACUGAUAAUGAGCGCUCGAGAUAAUGAUGUCCUGUCGCAAGACGACUAAACUGUGCUGUCCAUUACAGGAGGACAAAUUACUGUUGCAGCAUCUAGUCACAGUCAGAAAUACUAGUCGUCAAAAAUUAGAUAUUAAAUUGUUCCCAGCUCUUUCUAAAAACAUGUAUAAAUUAACAUUUCCAAAGUUAAAACAUUGAUUGGAUUUUCACUUUUGAGAUUGACUUUUGGAUAUAGUAGUAUGGUAUUAUACAAUAUAUAGUAGUAGUCUUGCAGUGCAGUGUAGUGCAGUGCAGCUGCAUUCUGGAAAUGCAUCCUAGUUAUGCAACAGACCACCACUCAUUUCAACUGAAUCCAGUGCAAAGUCAUUAUAUAUGAUGUCUGAAAGUGAUGAUUAAUUUUUCUAAUUCUCAGAACAUUUUGUCAUGCAUUUGCCUUAGAAAUGAAUGUACAACAUUUGACCUUUGAGUACACCCAUCUGUUAAUAUGAGACACACGUAAUGUUUGCAUAAGGUAGUGCUUAUUCAUUAAAAAUGUGGAAACAAAUAUUGCAGCCAUUAUUCCUGAGGAAAAUUGUUCACGACCAAUCUGUGCCAUCUCAUCAGUGUCUCUAUCAGACUUCUGGUGUCUCACCACAAACUUGGCUUGGCUUAUUACCGUUUACUAUUACUCAUUACUAUUCAGGCACUUUGAAACCUGUAGACACCAGAUGACUGUUAUACUCGUGAGUUUGAAACAUUCCAUGUUUACAGUUGCUCUAAAGCUUACUUUGACUUUACUAUGAGUAUGUUAGACCGGCAGUAUAUAGCUGUAACUUUUCAUGUGUGUGUUAGUGCUCAUGCAAAGCGUAAGCAACUAAUUUUGCAAUUGUACCAGCCAGGGCCUUAAUAAUGAAGUAAUCCUGCUUCAACCUCUUGACUACUUUUUAGUCACACAAGUGCUGUUGUCUAAUACUGUGAAUGAAAAAGGUCCUUUAGGUGAAGGAAGUGUAUCUUACAAUAGGCUAUGAACCCUGUGUAUGACAUCCUAUUUCAAAAUGACACAAUGUCCAGUAAUGAUUUGUAUUAAGGUUUCUCUCAUACGUCCAUAAGUAUAGUAGUAGAGUAUGUAUGUCCAUGUAUCACAGUAUGUGCUUGCUUGUAACUGUUUGAUGUACGUGAUUCAGUUGAACCUCAACUUGAAAUUUCGACGUUAAUUCAACUUUUUGAAUUAAAACCGAAUGUGUUGUUUUAGAUAACAAUGUAUUUGAUUGAUUUUUCUAGUGAGUGUGAAUUUGUGUUUUUAUUAGAAAAACACAGUUACAACGUUUGUGGUUUCUCACACAUGGUGAGUAUGGUAACAACAUACUCUAUGUCAUGUUUGUGGUUUUACCUGUUUGUGGUAAACUCAA